AUGCCGCUACCUAUGUUCAUUUUAAUGGCUUUGCUCCGCAAUUACACUGCCCGAAGGGCAGGUAGUCACAUGAUCAAUGAACAGAGAAACCAGGAGUUAGUACUUGAACAGGGUUCCUCUGUAAGGCAAGGUCUCCUGUACCGUGCCAAUGGGAAUGUUGCCCCAGAGAAAAGAGAGCUACAUGGGCCAAUUCACAAUGGAUUAGAAUCCACAGAUGGGCCAACUCGCAGGGAUAUGAAAUACAUUGAUGGCUUUCAUGUUGCAUGCAUGUGCCUUGUUUUAUAUUAUGCGGUGAAAGACCCCUGCCGAUUUGCUAACGAAGUUGCGCGAUCGAGCAAGCAAAGGGAUAUUGUGCAACGGCCUCUGGCAAAUGAAGGUACUUAUAGAGGAUAUGCAGGGCAGGCUCCGUACUCGGCCAGUGUACAGCCUAUAGAUUUCUCCUGCGCAGACCACCAAAAACGCAAAAGAGAGGUCGAGCACCAGGUGGAUGGCUCGGCAAAAAGGACAAGAUAUCAACCAAAGUCUGAGUCUAUAUUCCGGAAGGCUUUGAACUCCUGUGGGUUUCGAGAUGAGACCGGCCGCUACACGCCGGGUUAUCCAGCACCGGUAGAAUUACUUGAUAUGGGUAUAAAGCAAUUCAAAGUGCUCUACUCUGGUUGUCUCUCCAGCACAAUCGACAUUCGUCUCACCCAUAUAUCCUUAUACUUUACCGUCUGGCAUAUCCGUCAAGAUCCAGGGAAAUAUAUAGGAGACUCAAGGAGAAAGGGCGAACGUGUACUGACCUCCUUCCUGAGUCGUAUCUCGGGGAUAUCAGGUGACGGGCAUGCCGAAGAUCGGCGUCGUCGCUAUGCCAUGAGCAGCUACUUGCGGCUAGGGAAGCGAUGGGCAUUUGUCGCCGCUAGUUUGGGGUAUGGUAGUUUGCUCAUCUGUAGCGACAAGCUGGCGUCUCAUAUAAACACAUCGCAUUUUGUUGAUGGUCAAGUGGGGGCUCUUGUGACAUAUGAUCUCAAAACCCGACCUGGAACUGUGGCUUUGUACAGAUCCAUGGAACCCACAGUUAUAAGCAUGCUACGAGGACGGAUAGCAACCGACGUUACUGCAUGCUCCUUGCUUUCAGAUGCUAAAUUGGCUCAGUAUAGGGAAGCAGACGUGAAAGCGACAGAGAACCCCGGUAUCGGUUCACCCUGGAAGUUCAUAUUCCGUCAAAUAGCAAAAGCCCAGUUCCCGCCAUUGAAGGACAUGUCGCAGUUUAUUCCUCCUCUGUCUCGUGACUAUGCUUGA